GUCGAUGUGAUGCCGACCAUUGGUGAGGAGAAAUAUUCGGAAGACAACAGGAUUCCAGAGCGAGACCAACGUGGACUGCCAGAGGAGGAUGCGUUGCGUCGGGAUUUGACCAUCGGAGCCUUGCUGCUUCGUGUACAGCGAAGCGCCGCUGCCGGCGACGGAAGCGACGCUGCUUUGGAAUAUGAGCUUUUUGAUUUCUACGGAGGUGUAGAUGACAUUUGCAAGGGUAUGCUGCGAUCUCCAUGUCCAGUUAACAAGACGGUGGAGGAGGUCGCAGAGAUUGUUUUGAGGACGGAUGAAGAGAAAGAGCUUGCCAAGAUUCUGAAGAUCAAAGAAUUGCCACCGGAGGAAGCAGUACAGAUACUUUGGUGGAGCAAAGUCCUGAUUGAUGACCCUUUGCGCAUCUGCCGAGCCUUCCGCUUUGCCGCAAAAUUCAAGUUUGAGUUGCAUCCCGCUUUUUGGAUGGCUGUCCCCUUUGCUCUCGAGCCUUUGCGAACGAAAGUGGCUGGCAGUCGCAAAUUCACAGAGUACCACAAGAUCGGAGGAUACGGCUUCAAGGCAUGCAGCGAUUUCUUUGAAUUGGCCUUCAGCCGGACCUUCGGAGCCGAGGGAUCCUUGCGCCUCGCAUCUGCCCUUCUGGGCGGUCAGGAUGGAAAAGGACAAGCUCGCAUGCUUUCGCAGGUGAAGUCCUUCAACGUGGAUGUCUUCAGAGAAUUGGCAGAGACAGUGAAACCUCAGGGCACCUUCGAUGGCGUUGAGCUCCUUGGGGAACUCAUGGCCGCAGCUGUGGCAGCUGCCGAGUUUGAGGGGGUGGAGGAUGCUGCCAGCCAGCUCACCAAAGCCUGCGAUGGGAUGUGUGUCAGCAAUGCCAUGAGAGAAGCGGGCCUAAGUCCUUGGAGAGCAUAUGCUGCCAUGAUGUCAGAGCCGCCUCUUCCCAACAGCCUGGACUGUCGCAUGGGCUCCCAGACGUGGUGGGGAAGGCUUGGGUAA